GAGCAGAGGCGGGUCUUAAACUGUCAUAGACACGUGUACCGGGAAGUAGGAAGUAAAUACAGAAGAGCCGCGGUGCCGCUGGAAAGAAGUCUGGCACCAUGCUGGAAGGCUACAGCCCUGUGACCCAGGCCCUGCUGGGGACUCUGUUUACCUGGGGUCUGACUGCUGCCGGAGCAGCCCUGGUGUUUGUCUUCUCCAGCCGGCAGAAACGCAUUUUGGAUGGAAGUUUAGGCUUUGCAGCUGGGGUAAUGCUGGCUGCUUCCUAUUGGUCGUUGCUGGCACCGGCGAUCGACAUGGCGGAAGAUUCCGGGAAGUACGGCUCGUUUGCUUUCUUGCCUGUUGCCGUGGGAUUCACACUCGGGGCAGCCUUUGUUUACUUUGCUGACCUGGCCAUGCCUCUGCUGGGUGUAGGUACUGACCCCCACAUUGCCUUGGCUCUGCCCCCCGAAUCCAAGCUGGCCAAAGAAAAAGCAGACGGGCCUCUUUUCCAACUCCUGGACUCUGAUGAGAUGACCAUCAGGAUAGGUAGAGCUGGACCUCUCUCAGAUAAAAUAGAGAAUGGAGAUGUGUACCAGAGGAGGAGAGGACCUCAUUCGCUCAGCUCGGAGGGACAGGAAACAGGAAAUAAACAACAGGAAGGGGUUGGGCGGACAGGAAGCAGCUGGCGACGAAUCGUUCUACUCAUCGUUGCCAUCACCAUCCACAACAUCCCAGAGGGUUUGGCUGUGGGAGUUGCAUUCGGAGCCAUUGGAAAGACUUCAUCUGCUACUUUUGAGAGUGCCAGAAAUUUGGCCAUCGGUAUCGGCAUCCAGAAUUUCCCAGAAGGCUUGGCAGUGAGCCUGCCGCUCCGGGGGUCAGGGGUCUCAACGUGGAAAGCCUUCUGGUAUGGCCAGCUCAGUGGCAUGGUGGAGCCUGUCGCUGGGUUGCUGGGCGCCAUUGCCGUCGUCUUGGCCGAACCCGUGUUGCCAUAUGCGUUGGCGUUUGCUGCCGGGGCGAUGGUUUACGUGGUGGUGGAUGACAUCAUACCUGAGGCCCAAAUCAGUGGAAACGGGAAGCUGGCCUCCUGGACCUCCAUCCUGGGCUUCGUCGUGAUGAUGUCACUGGACGUCGGGCUGGGCUGAGCUCACCUCGCUGUGUCACCGUGGCGACAGAACACACAAUGGCCAUCAUGUCGUCAUUGCUCCGCUGACCUCAGUUUUUAAAAAGGGGACCAAAGGAAGUGUUUGAUGGGUGACUGUACUUGAAGUUCUCUAUAAUGUGUGUCUGGUUUCAUGCUACAAGUUAUUGUCUAACAGCAUCUGUCACUUUUUUCAAAUGGCAGGCAGCUAAUUUGGGAAUAUUUAAUGAUUAUUUUAAUUCAAGAGUGUGUGGAUUUUGUGUUGCGGUUAGUGCUUUUUGAGAUCUUUUCCAAAACAAAAUGUCUGAAUUAUGAAAGUUUUAUUAAUGUUUUUUUUUUCUCUUCAUUUUCUCAUAAUGGCAAUACUUGAAGUCUGGUGUUUGAGUCGGUAAUUUAUGAGACCUCCAAUCAAUGAUUUAGUUUUGGUUUACUCUGUUCUGACUCCAGCUGUACCACUGUUACUGCGGAGGAACACUUUACACACACGUAACCCUCCUCUAUAAGGAAAGUCUGCUUUUCAUCCAGAUGCAGUGCCUUCUCUGGUUUAGGGCUCAGACACCUAGAGGCCAGUCUGAAGAAUCACAUGUUGUGGUCUGCGUCUAAUUAUUUAAAUGCUGAAGAUAACACUUAAAGUGUUUGUAUAAUUAAACAACCAUGUGAUUCUGA